AGCAGCAGGAGCUCCCAGGCAGAGCUUAUCCAUGGGGAGAGGCCCUCUACUGCCCUCCAGGGGCUGCCCACCACAGGGCCUACGGAGGGCUUUGCACCAGCCACGCUGGAGGGACCGAACUGGGGAGACAGACGCUAGUAAACCCUGUUGACAGGCUUCAGGCAGUUCAGCAUGAAGCGAUGAAAGUAAAACUACUGAGAGAGCUGACUAGAUCUCACUUUUUAACAAAAUUACACCUGUGCCAAGGCCUUUGUAAAUCUAGACUUCCAACACUAAAACUAAGCGGUGAUGCUGAAAAGAUACCAUACCACACUCUAGCAACCAGCCAAGGCUUGGACUUGCAUGCUCCUGAAAUUCCUUCCCUCUGCUUGACAAAUCUAUGUACAGGAGUUAAGAACUGUCAGAUGUCAAGAGGAAAUGUAACUACCUCAGUAAAGACUCUGAAUCACCAGACUAGGGAGGUGUUGCCUCCAUUCGGGGAACGUUUUGGUUCUGUUACACCUAUAAACGACAACCCCUUAGGCUGGAGUGCUAAAAAGCUGCUCAAAAUUCCAAAAAGAUGUUAUCCAGUUGUAUCAACUGGUCAGACAAUACCAAAACAAAAUAUUGUGCCCUCUAAGAGGCCACCAAAGGCACCUAGGACCAAACAGCCCUCCAGAUCUACCAAGCCACUGUUUUCUGAAACUGAGGAUCAGAUGCAGUGCAUAGCCUAUGCAACAGCCGAUGAGUAUCAUCUUGGUAAUCUGUCUGAGGACCUGUCUGCAGAGGGAUAUAUUGAAAUAAAUUUGCCUAAAGAUGCAGCAAACAUUUUGGUGAUUGGCACAGAAAACUCUGCAAAACAAUACGAUUCUGGAAUGAUCUUUUUAUUCAGGGAAGGGUCUGUUGUGUUUUGGAACGUGGAAAAUAAAACUGUGAAAAACAUAAUGCAAGUGCUGGAGCGGCAUGAAAUUCAGCCUUAUGAGACUGCACUGGUCCACUGGGAGAAUGAAGAGCUUAACUACAGGAGGGGAGAAGGGCAGUCAAAUCUUCAUAAUGGAGAAAUCUUGUUAAAUUGUGACCUGAAAACUGAUGAAGAUAUUCUGGAGAAAUUUGCUUUUUCAAAUGCUCUUUGUCUGUCUGUAAAGCUGGCAAUAUGGGAGUCAUCUUUGGACAUGUUCGUGGAAUCUAUCCAGUCAAUUCCUGAGAUACUAAAGUCAAGAAAAAAGGUGAAACUUUCUCAUGCUGAUGUAAUGCAAAAAAUUGGGGAACUCUUUGCCUUAAGACAUCGUAUAAAUCUGAGUUCAGAUUUGCUGAUAACUCCUGACUUCUACUGGGACAGAGCACACCUGGAGCAGCUUUAUGACAAAACCUGUCAGUUCCUCAGUAUUGCUCGCAGAGUGAAGGUAAUGAAUGAGAAACUGCAGCAUUGUAUGGAUCUGACAGACUUGAUGCGCAAUCACCUGAAUGAAAAGCAUGCCCUGCGCUUAGAGUGGAUGAUUGUCAUACUUAUCACCAUAGAGGUCAUGUUUGAACUUGUCAGCAGAGUUUUCUGACCAAAGUGCAAGCUAAGGAUUUUGAAGAUCAUAUUCAGAACUGAAAAUUCCUUUCCCCAUCUCCAGUGUCUGUAUAUUUCUGAAAAACUGCUGUACUCACUUUCUAAACAUAAGCCUGUAUAUGUGCUUUUUCAAUAAAAAAAUUGAACUUA